GAUAUACAGACUGCUGAACGAAAAUGUACCUGGUUUGACAGCCUGUGUUUGUUUUCAGCGCUUUAUUCGUUUCCACCUGCUGCCGCUGCCGCAGCGCUAAUUCUCAGCUAACGUUUCUGAGCCCCGUUAGCCUGUUAGCCACUUAGCCGUCCAAAAACCUCUUCUUUACUCUGAUAACUCGCCUUUUUUCUGCGGGGCUUCACGCUGAGGUAAAUUCUCAGGUACCACGCAUGAAAAUAACUGUAAUAUAUGACAAAUAUGUCGACUUUGGACGUUAUUUUGGAGAAGAUUCACCUGAGGCACGACCCCCGCUGGAGCGCGCGGGGAGUGUGUGUGGCGUGUGUGCUGGAGCUGAUGGACCGAGAGGACGUGUCGAUUGUGCGUAAGUCUGCUGCACUAGCUGAUGUUUUAGAGCUGCUGAAGAUUGCAGGUGUGGUAAGGGGCGUCUUCCAGCAAGACAAGAGAGUGUGUCUGCAUUUCAUCUGCACUCUAAUGAAGAUGCUGAAUUCCGUUGAAGAUCCAGCUGUGCUUGAGCAGAUCAUUCAAGUGCUGGUUCAGUUGUUGCUGGAUCUGAAGGAGGAACAUUUUAUGCAGUAUGUUCUGGAUGAGCUCCAAACACAGCUGUAUAAGGUAGCUGGUGGAAAGCGUUUUCCACACCUCACGUUUCUGGGCAAGUUGGUGGAUGCUGUGUCUUUUCUCGCCCAAAUGCUGACCACGACACACUUGUGUGUGUUGGAGUGCAUGUGUGAGAGCAUGCUCAAUCCAGAUGAAGUGCUGAAGUCUGCAGUGUGUUACGUGUUCCGUGGUGUUUGGGCAUCGGAGGCGGCACUUCAGUCUUUGCCCCACGCACUGAGGGAGAGAGUGUGUGUGUUACUGUUACACACACUCACACACGCCUGCUCAUUACAGCUCACUAUCAACUGUCUCGGUCUGUUGUUGCUGAUGUUGCGUAGAGGAGAGAUGGUGUGUUUCCUGAUGAAUCAGAAACAGAAUCCACCCAGUGAGCAUGAAGAGGAGUCUCAGUGUACUGAACUGUCUAACCAACACUGUUCAUUACCACUCAUCUUGAAACGGCUCUUGCUUGGUGGUGAUGAGUGUGUGCAGGUGGUGAGUGUUCGGUGUGUUUCUGCUGUACUGACACACUCUCCCAGCCAGUACUGCGUUCCAUUUAUACAGGCAGAUUUGCCAGAGUUUCUGUUUGAGAGGUUGAGCAGUAAUAAUGAAGUUCUGCUGUGGUCAGUGUAUAGCUGUCUGCUGCUACUGUGUGAGGAUGCUGCAUUUUUCUCACAGUGCCACUCCAUCUAUGGUAUUGUGUCUCUGGUGCGCAGUCUGAAGGCAAUACUUAAGUUGUCUAAUCUGGAGGUUCAAAAAAAAGGCCUACAGCUGCUGACAGCUAUACUGGAGAGGCAGCCCACAAGUGUGCGCCUAUUCCCCACGGUUCCUGGGUUUGUGUGCAUUGCUGAAGUAGUGCAGGAGGCCGUGACGUCAUCUUGCCUCAGGGUGGCUACACAGGCAGCACGAGCAGCUACUGCACUGUUCAGGCUCCAUCAUCAGUCCAGUCCAAUUCAUUUUGGGGAGUUAAAGAGGAUUGUUGAGGCUUUAACCUCAAGAUGUGCUGAGCUACCCUCACACAUCACUUCACAGCGCAGAGUUGGCAGAGGAGUGUGUUAUGAGGCCAGUGUGAAGGAGAACACACUCCCAACUCCUGAUAAUCAGAGUGAGGACACACUUGAGUCUCUGUGUGUAUGUCUGCUGCACUGCUGCGACACAGCGUACAUCCCUGCAGUCACUAGGCUGUGUGAGCGUGUCCCGAGUCCGCAGGUGCUACAGCUGUUUUUCUCUGUUCUCUCUAUGCAAUUUUCUCUUUCUCCAUCACUUACGCCCACUUUCGCCACUAAGCUAGCCUCCUCUGGUUUCAUUAGACUGGCUGUAGAACACAAGGCUCUUCUAUGUUCUGGAAACAGGCACUCAUCUUUAAAUGCAGCAUGCUGUGGUUUUCUUCUGAAACUGUGUGCGAGUCUGCUCUCUCAGCCACACCCUGUAGCCGGCAACCACCAGCAAGGUGGAGAAGAGGUGGAAUAUGUUCUGCGAGAGUGUUUGCCAUCUCUCUGCUGUCGUGUGUGUGAUUGGCCCUCUGUGUUGCUUGAGAUUCCAGAAGAAAACCAAAACACACAGUUUUGUUUACUCCACCUGCUGUAUCUCUCAGUGGUUCACGGCGACAGGUUGCUGCCUGACAGUACAGUGUUCUCCAGUGUAGUAAAUUUUGUGUGUGUGAUGCAGGAACAACAUGAUUCUCUUCCUCCAUCUGUCUUAAAGCCAGCACUUUAUCUGUUGGCAGCAACCCAGGAAAGCAACCCUGAUCUAGACUGGGCUGCUUUGAACAGCAUCAUUAAGGCUCUUUCCUCCACUCCUUUCUUUUUCUCUCCUCUGUCCUCCCCUCAUCCUGCUCUCUUGCACUUCAUCUUCCAUUACCCUGCUCUGGCUGAGAGAUUUGGGAUGAAGGUUUUGUCCAGCUGGCUGGCAGGUGGAUUAGAACCAGCUGCAUGUGGAGAGAAUAAACAGAGCUGCCCAGAUCUAGAGAAGAACAUAAAGUCUUCAGUGCUUCUGGAGCUGCUUGAGAAAAACUCCUCUACUAUACUAUCCCUGCUGGGUGUACUGUGUGACGAUGACACAUCAGUUGCUCGUCAAGCAGUUCAGGUGUUGCGGUGUUACCUGCAGGCUGGACACUCCUGUAGCUCUGCCCAGGCUCACCUGCUCAAGCCUGCUCUGCUGAAGCUCUUGCAGAGAUUCACCUGUGACAGUGAAGACAACACAGUUCUAGGCUCUUUGAUACUGGAGGUGUUGUGUUUAGUGCAGAUUAACUUGCCAGCUCAAAGCAAUAUGGACAACACAGACUUUAAACUGCUGUAUCACGUGAGUAAUCUUGUUGGAAAGGUAAAGUGCAAUAACUCAGAAUUUCUGCGGCCGGCCUUGAACUACAUCUACGGUUGUCUGACCCUGUGUUCACCACACACUGCUGACAGAGUGGUGUCUAUGUUGUUGUCUAACACAAGUGUGAUGGAGUUGCUGCAGGUGGUGCUGAAUCUCUUGUCCUCCCCGUUUCCUAUUAUUUCUUCAUCCCCACUCGUUUGCUGCUGUCUACUUCUGUUAAGCUCACUUAUCACUCUACAGCAUACACUCUCCGCACAGGUGCAUAAGAGUGUGAGUUUAGAGCUAGAAAUCUUUGUUAAAGUACUCACAUUCCACAAGAGACAUACUGACAACUUGGUACUUGUAUGUGUUGUGCGGUUAGUGCAGGCCCUGCUGGAUGUGGAUCUGUCAUCUCCUGUAGUGCAUGUAUCGAAGAGUUUAAGGCUGCAGCGCCCCCUGCAACCUGUAGAUGGAGCACUACAUCCACUGGGCUAUACAGGAGCUAUCAGCUUAGUGACAGCGUUACAGAGUCUACUGCUGCAGAAGCAGGAGAUGCUGCUCAAUACAUGUGUGAACUGUCUGAGGUCACUGACAGGCUUUUUACACAGAAGAAAGCCUACUAUAGCCCAGCAUGUGGUAUGCCAGCCGUGGAAUCGUUUCCUGCUGUACUCUCUACUAAACUCUGGAGAAAACCUGGCACUACAUCCAGCUACACUCAGCCUACUCACUCUGCUGGUCCACUGGUCUGGAGGGGUGACACAGUGGGACUCUGAUGUUGCUUUUGUUUGUGAGGCUGCAGAGAAGAGAGGAGUGAAAGAGCUGAGAGAGAACACAACAUGCACUCUAAAACUACUGCUCACUGAGUGUAGUGCAUUCUCUCUGUCUGAGCAGUUGAACAUGAGAGUACACAGUUUGUUGGAGUCUCUCGACCAGCUGCCUCCCACAGAGACCAACACUAAAGCUUUACUGUAUCCUUCAAACAUGCAUGAGUGUGUGUGUGUAUGUGAGAGAAUAUUUCCAUCCUUAAUGCGUUCUCAGGCAUGUUGGAUCUCUUUCCAUCUGCCCUGCAGAUUUUGCAGUGAGCACACAGCCCUUCACUCAGUAAAACUGCUUCAGGAAAGAUGCUCUUGCAGAAGCACAAGGAGCUGUUUAUUGGGAUUAAAGCAGUUAAUUUUGAUGCUAAAUGUAGAUCCUGAACUUGAUCUCAACAUGUGGAAGCAUGGAGUGUUAAAAUAAUUCAGUGUAAUUUAACUUGUUUUAUUGCUGCCACAAGUAUUGUUAAUGUAUUUAUACCUGUUGUUACACAAAGCAGUAGUUCUCACCUCCGUCAUCAGGGACCCCAAUGCACGCCACAUUUUUCUCUAUCGCCUGUGUGUUUAUAAAUAAAUAAAUAAAUAAAUAUGGAGUGUCUGGAGGGGGCCGGGACCCUGAGUACCAGCUUGGGAAUCACUGACAUGGAGUAUUUAUGUUCUGCUGCUGUUAUUAUUAAUUUUGCUCUGGCUGUUAUGGGUUUCAGUAUUAAUGUUAUGGAUGUUAUUGCUGUUAUUAAAGGGUAAUUCUCUCAGUCAGCUUGGUUUUGUUGUGAGAAGCAGUUUCUUUGCAGCAGUUUGAGGCAGCAGGUUGAUCAUUUCACCGACCUGCCCGUCCUGAUCUGCUCCUUUGUGACCCGAGUGGGUUAAUCAGAGCGGUGCUUCAUCGAAAUCCUCUCGGUUUUAACUCAUUGUGGGCGGAGCUGUGGUGCGCUGCUCUGAGCGGUCCGUGCGGAAGCACAGGCGGCGUGUCAUAAUUACCGGAGAGGGAGACG